CAAACAACAUCGAAAAUUCGCUCCGUCUCGUUAAAUAAAUAAAUCGCGCGAUAAUAAAUUUUAUUUGAAAAAAAAAAUAAAAUUUAUUUUGUAUUUAAUCAAAAAUCACACAAGUACAAAAUUUAACUGUUUUUAGAAAAUCGAAAAAAAAUUGACGUUCGCGAAUGUUUAUUGAAUGGAUUAUGUUUACUCAAUUUAAUUAAAAUACAUUUCUCGUGUAAACUAGAAAUUAUAUAUAUAUAGCCCAUUACAAAAAAAAAAACAGUGCAGCGACCAGAGACUAGACAAGAAAUCGUCAAACAAUGUGAAAAAAAGUAAAUAAAAAAUUUUAAUAUGCAUAUCUCGCUUUCAAGUGAAUUACAACAACAAAACGUCUCUUCACUGUUCACUUUAUGGAAAAACAAAUGUUUACUUAUGAUUAAAAGCUUGUUGUAUCAAAGUGAAUGACAGUGAUAAAAAAGGAGACAACAGAGAAAAAAAAUAAAUAUUUAUGAUAAUUUACGAGGAAUUACGAAAGAAGAAGAGUUUUAAGUGCUGUCAUUGAAAUAAAUCUCAUUUACUUUAAUAAUUAGAGUUUGGUGACUCUUGUCAAUGACAAACAAAUAAAAAAAUAAAGGAAAUUCGUGAAAAAAAGUGAAUUAAUUAAUGACUAAGUGCUAAUUAAAAUUAUGUUGAUUCAAGAAUUAAAUACAGGUCUGUUGAUGACAAAUUUCCACAGUAAUUAGUGACCAUGAAAGUCGACGUACAACGAAAUCCAACGAUUUUUACCUAAUAAAAUACCAAACAAAAGUUUCACGUAAAGUAGCAGUAACAAACAUCAAAAUGCCGAACGCCAUAACUAAUUCCGUGAUAGCGGAUCAACAUGACUGGGCGACGUACGAUGGCGACAAUUCAACCGAUAACACAAGUCUGCCGAUCGACAUGCGAUUUAAUGAUGGGCAUCGCUUACAAAUUAUGGUCUAUAGUACAUUAAUGUUGAUUUCAGCCAUAGGGAAUCUUACUGUACUGACGAUGUUGAUAAAGCGUCGAAAACCGGGCUCGUCGAGAAUUGAAAUUAUGUUGACACAUUUGGCGAUUGCCGAUUUAUUGGUGACAUUCCUUUUGAUGCCCUUAGAGAUUGGAUGGGCAGCUACCGUUAGUUGGAAGGCAGGCGAUUUGAUGUGUCGUGUGAUGUCGUUUUUUAGAGUGUUUGGCCUGUAUUUGUCGAGUUUUAUACUAGUUUGCAUAUCAAUCGAUAGAUAUUUUGCGGUGCUGAAACCGUUGUCCUUGUCGGAGAAUCGUGGAAAAAUCAUGAUUGCCGUUGCCUGGUUUCUCUCCUGCGUUUGCAGUACGCCACAGAUUUUCAUUUUUCAUCUGGAAACACAUCCGAAUGUCACGUGGUACGAGCAGUGUGUGUCCUACAACAUCUUUGAAAAUCCACGACACGAAACAUAUUAUGUCUUUUUUGGCAUGUUUAUGAUGUAUGCCGUGCCAUUAACAGUUGUCAUUUUUUCCUAUUCCUCCAUUUACUUUGAGAUAUUUCGUCGAACGAGGAUUUCCAAUAUCGACCGCUUUCGACGAUCCAGUGUUGAAGUGCUGAGUCGCGCCAAACGACGAACGUUGCGGAUGAGUUUCACUAUCGUGUUGGUGUUUGUCGUGUGUUGGACACCUUUUUAUGUGAUGAGCAUUUGGUACAUGCUAGAUCGCGUUGGUGCGAGUGCCGUCGAUCAGCGAAUCCAAAAGUGUUUGUUCCUUUUUGCCUGCACAAAUAGCUGCAUGAAUCCCAUCGUCUACGGCGUUUACAACAUUCGCAAUGAUAGAAAGAACAUGUCUAGUCAAUAUGGCCAAAAUUCCAAAAAAAUGAUACGAAGUCGUGAUUCUAGCAGGACAAUUUGCAUCAGUAUGAAUUUUUCCAGCUGUGGCGACUCAAUAGAGAUUCCGAUACAGAAAUGACUCAGUUCUAAGAUUUAGGACUGAAAAAAAAAAUAUUGUGACAUCAUAUCACGCACGAUUUGUGUUGUCGUUGUUUCACAUCCUCAUAAUUAAUUACGUUUUACGUGGAGAACCAGCAAAAAUAUAUUUUUCAUGAGACUGUUUUUCCUUCAAAGCCUCUUGCUAUGAAUAAAUGUUUGAAAUUUUUCAUUUAUGAUGAUUGUGAUAGUUGAUUAGACAAAAAAAAAUUAAAAACGGUCUAAUUAAAACUAAAAAAAUUUGUCUAUUUUUAUACAAAUAAAAAAAAAUAAAAGCUAAUUGUCAGAAAAUAAAUUAUAAAUAUACGUAAGUAAAGUAAAAAUGCAAUUAAUUUGCGAUUGAUGUCUCACAUUUUUAUUACUAUAAAAAAAAUUAUGUUUUGUAGUAGAUUUAAGUAAUUUUUAAGACAUCUUUUAGAAGAGAUUUAAAAUUAUAUAUUGAGAGAAAAUAGUUUUAAGGAACUAAAGAGAUAAUAAAAUGGA